UGAAGGAACUAGGUAUAGAAAUUUUAAUGAGUUUUCUCAGCUGAAAUUGGCAAUUCUCAAGUAGUACGGUAAAUAAUAAUACGAAAUUGUCAAUAGAUAUUGGUGAUUGCGUCACUAUUGAUACGUCAUUAUUGAUACGUGAGUUCAGUUUUAAGUGAAUACUGUUAAGUUUAAGAUAGAACCAUUCCUUACAUUGACAAUGUUUGCAACAUGAGAAAGAUCUAUUUACCCAUCAUAAUCUUCUCUCUAUCAUUGGUAACGGGGUCUGAUGCAAUAGAAACGUCUACGACAAACGCCACAGAAAUUAGUGUAAAUCAAACUGAAGCUACAAAUGUUACCGAAACUGGAUUUAGAGAUGAUGCCGUCAUCAUCAAUCUGGAAGAAAUCAACAAAAUGGGGCCAUUGCAGUACUUGGGCGAGAGGAUCAUGUACAUUUGGAAUGGUGGAGAGGGUAUCCAAGCAGAACAGGAAAAAAAUGGAGGCUUUAUAGGACGAUGUAUAGGUAUGGCAAAGAGACUCAAACAAAUAAUGCCUAUGUUAAUGGUCGGAGGAGGUAUAGCUAUUACAAAACUAGGAUUUCUUCUGCUGUUUUCAUUGAAGACAGUAGGAUUAUUAAUACUGCUUCUGAUAAUUAAUGUAGCAUCAGCUGCAGCAAAAGUAGGAGCUGUGGUCGCUCAAAAGAAGCACGACCAAUCUGCACAGAAUAUUCAUUUCCAUGUAGAUCCAUCAAAGGGUGAAGAAUCUCAUCAUUCUAGUCAUUCAAGUCAUAUAACCCCUUUUGGAUGGGAUGAUAGAUUAGACUCAAGCCUCGAGGGGCAUGAACUCUAUAAUAUGUAUGAAAAACUGAAAAAAGAAAACGAAUAUCUGAGAUACCACUACAAAGGAUGAAGCAGGAACAAUGUACAAAAUAAAUUUAAAAGAAAUGCGGAUAUUAAUAUGAAUUUAUUUGUUUCAUUGAAUGUGGUAGACAGUGAUUAAGAGUAGAGUACUAUUACUAAAAGAAUUUUAGACUUCCAUGGAAAAAAAUCCAGUUACAAACCGUAUGCACGUCCCUGGUGAAUCUGUCGACAAUUUUUAAGCAUUAAUGUCACAAAAUUUCAUUCGAAUCGCUAAAAACACUUGGAAGAAAAUUGUAAUAAAUCGAAAAAAUAAAGAUUUUAACUCCAUAUAGCUACGAAACAAAUCAGAAUGGACCUAUGUUGAUAUAAGAAAUAAAUCUUAAUUUUACAUGUGUAGAAUCUUCCCACGAAUCUUCUCUAAUCUCCCCACGAGAGAUGGCACAUGUUUUUUAAAACACCCCCGUAUGUUAUGUUAAUAACAUCACAAUCUUUCGAUUAGGCAAAUCGUAAUUUACUUUCAAUAAUUUUAUUAAUUUGAGCAUAGCAUUUCAACUAAAACCAAAUAAUAACGGAAAAUCAUCAACAAAAAAAUUGAAUUCAAAUUCAAAGCUUUUCGAAGGGUUGAGUAGAUUUCGAAGUUCUCGAAGCGUUGAGUAGAUUUUUUCCGUCUCGCUUUAAACGCGGGCGGCCACUGCGAGCGAAACUAAA